AGGAGGCGACCGGAGACUCUAACAGCGACAGCGAGACAAGUGAAAAAAACAGACUAUGACAACAAAAGUAAGUAAAACCAUUGUUAUUUUUUUGUAAACCAAUUGUUUAAUAAUCAAUAAUAAUUAUGAUACUGUUUAAAAUUACUCUACAGGUAAUAUUUGGUCAUAUACCCUCAGGGAGAGCAAGUUUCUAUCAUUCUAUGGCCUAGUUUAAAACAUUAACGGGAACAUAGACUUCACACAGUAGGCUACCAGUCCAAAAGUUUGGACAAUGUCUCAUUCGAACAUUUUGUAUUACUCUUACAUGUUUUAAAUUGUAGAUGAAUAGUGAACAUCUUGAAACUACUGAAUAAAACAAAAUAUAUAUAAGAGAGGAAGGGAGGUGGAGGGAGACGGGAGAAGCCGAGCGGGAGGUGGGGGAGGGGAAGGCAGCAGAAGAGGUGGCUUUUUUGUCAGUCACAAAGAUGGAGGCCGAAAUGUUAACUUAGUGAAACAAAUGCUUGAAGCUGGCCGUUCGUUUGUGCCGUUAAAAUUUCGUUUGUGUUGCUUUAGUUUUAAGUUAUUACACAUUUUCAUUUCGGGGAUGACGUCUCCCAGCCCCCAUUUGCUUCGAUUGGACCCGAAAUGGUGCCGAUCGUUUGUGCCGCUGUUGCGGAGAAGUAUGCACCUCGCAGAAACUCGCACCGCUCAGGCAUGUCCAAACUAUUACACGAAGGGCUGUGUGGCUGCGUGUUUUUCCUCCAACCAAGCAGCAGCACACCAGACUUGAUUCAUUUCAUCAGCUGAUCUACGUCUUCAGAUGGCUGAUUGGUCAGACUGCUGCUCUUGAUUGGUUGGAAGAAAAACCUGCAGCCACACGGCCCUUUGUGGAAUAGUUUGGACAUGCCAACACUGCAGUUUUUCCCGGGACUCUCCCUUAUUUCAGACCUAUCGCCCGCCCGCCUCCCGUACUGUCAUUUCUCCCAGGAAUCCCCCGUAGUUUGGGGGCCCACGUUCAUUCAUGAAUCGGAUCACUGUAUUUGUCAUGUUUCUUGACAACUGAAGAUUGUCCUGUGUUUCUGCUGAGCCUCACAGACACUGGAAAGAUACUUUUUCUUUACAAUUUGGGAUGUCGGUUUAAACUGUAAACUUUAUUCAACCAACUUUUGUUGCAAAAUGAACACAUCAAUGAAGGAAACAAACCUGAGAUAUAAUAUUUACGUUUAUAGUCUUUCACCGUCUCGGAGUGAUGCGUUCAGGGCAGCCUCAGACAAAAUAGUGCUGCAUUGCACGCACAGAUUUUCAGAGAGCCUCAUACAGGAGAGCAUGUAAAACAUGAGGACUUUAACACCAAUAUUUGGGGACUGAAUAAGUUCAAGGCAUAUCGUAGCUAUUAUUUUUUAUUACAAUUUGUUAUUGUUAAAACUAAACAAAAAGGUGUGCAGCUUCACUUAUACUUAUUUGGAUGAGCAAUCUAAUAACACAUACUUGCAGACAUUACAGGCAUCAGUAUUGCCGAGAAAUGCAUCCAACCUUAAAGUUUGAUUCUUUGGGUCUUUCCCAAACAAUGGGUGGGCUUUCCUGGUGUAAUAUUUCCAAAAAUAUGUCUUAUUUUUGUCUCAAUAGCUAAUUAACGGGUGGAUGCAUACUGGCAAACAGAAAAACAGCUGAUAUAAGAUUAGUAUUAAGGGUCUGCCGACUACACAAUAACUUCGCAAAGAAACUCUUUGAUUCUAGUUGCUUGUUUACCUAUUGGUGAUAAUAUACGCUAAAUACAGUGGGCUCGAUCAACAGAGCACCUGAAAAACACAUUUCAAUUUAUCAUCAUAAUAAUUAUAAUUCAUCAAAUAAGAAAAAAUCUUAACAUUUUCAUACACAUGUAUUUGAACUUAAUGAUGAAUUUUCUCCUGUUCAGCUUUCAGCAGUCAGGAAGGUGGAGGCUGGGAAGGGAGCCGGGAAGGAGGCUGUGCCUCCUAAAAAAGAUCAUCCUGCAGUAGGUGUUUCUCACACUUGAAAGUAUAGUAGUGUGUCAAUAGACCAUACAAAGAUGCUGAAUUACAGUGCCUAAUCAGCUUGAUUUCUCAUACAUUAUUGUUUAUUUUAGCACCAUGCAUGUGCUCAGCCCCUCUGAUUUAAAUGAGACAAGAGCCAGUAGUAUUUGUAGUGUCACAUGCAUAGUGAAUUCAGACAGUAAGGUGUUCCCUUAUGUUUUACAGGAAAAGAGCACAAUCACCGUGUCCUUGUGGAGGGAGGCAGCGGUGGAGCCCCUUACAAUUGGGGAAAUGGUACGAGUGACCCACGUCAGGGCCAGCAACACGGAGUAUGGGGUACAGGUGAACUCCACAAGCUUCACCAAAAUUGAGUUAAUUUGCUGUUGUCACUGUUUUCAGUUUGACAUAAUUUUUUUUUAAAUAUAUAACUCUCAUUUGUCCUCUUCACAAUUGGUAGUUUACAGAAUCACCAUAAAGGUUUAAUAAUUGAAUUAAUGUAAAGACCUAGACACAUGGACAGAAUUGUUAACACCCUUAUGUUAAAGAAAGAAAACCCCACAUACAGUUGCAAGCUGACUUAAAUUUAACAAUGAACACCCAGACCUGAUUACUGCCAGACCUUAGGAAUCAAGAAGUCAGAACAAUAAUACCCUAAAUAUUAGUCAGUAUUGGGCCGUUAUUACAGAGAAAACAACAUAUGAUGUGACCAAAUGAUCUGAUUCCUUACUUGUGUUUACUUAUUUUGUCAACAGAAGCAGCAGAGUCAUCAGGAGCUGGAGGUGGUUGGUGUCCUCAAGGACGGUGAAGGGGCAGCGUCUUCUGGUUUUUUCCAGGUCCUGCUGGCAUGUGGAGAGACCUUGAUGAUAGACGAAGGCUUAUGGGACCCAUCUUUUGAUGCAGCUAUCCAAGAAGGGAUACUCAAAGUUAGGGCAGAUGUGGAAGGGAAAAAGAUAAUUAAAGCAGUUAUGUAAAUAGUUAUCUUAAUGUUAUGUAAAUAGUUCCAGUAGUUUGUUCUCUCCCACACACACACACACACACACACAGAAACACAAUUUGUUGUAGAAAUUUGAGUUUGUUUGUUUGGUUCUCACAAAUAAAUGUGUUUGCUACAAAAAAGUAUUACUUGAGCAUUUUUCAUAUCUAUAUACUCUUUCAUAUUUACAAAAAAAAUAUAUUUUGUUUGUUUGUACAAGUACUUGUUGAUAAGAGACUGUAUAUAGUAUGGACAGAAUCUGCCUCCUCGCUGGGUGAAGCCACUUUGAGAACAGCACCCUCUGUUGAUGGGCUGCACUAUAGGUCAUAAAUCCCACCUCCGCCAGCAAAGCUUCUGGAGCUGUGGACAAAUUUCAGAAAUUUAUAACACAGAACAUACAUUUUUCUCCUCCCUGCUUGUGAUGUUGACAUGUAGUUACAGUAAGACUAGUUUGUGCUCAAGUCCUCUUUUUUUCUGUACAGCUCCAUUUUUGAAAGUUAUUAGGGUCUUCAUAUUUUCUAUGAUUGAAACUUGAUGCAGCGUAUUGGCAUUCAGGGAUUGCAUAGCUCACCCGGGGGAUAUGCUAUUUGAGCUGAGCGUCAUCACAGUGACUCUCAGUCCGAAUGCGCGCAACUUUACUGCGCAGCGCUGGUUUCAGGAAAUGAAGAAAAAUCCCAGAAAUACUGAGCGCUUAUUGGCUUCAAAUCCGUAUACAGGCGGGAGGCAAAACCAAGUUGUCCAUAAUAUAUACAGUCUAUGAUUAAGCCUUACGAUGCUGCUUGGAGGAAAAACCUUUAAUACAAACACACACAAAUCACAAAAAUAAUUAAUAAUUAUUACAAUUUGUCAACAGUAUAACAACAUAAACACAGAAAGUAUAGAGUGGAACAUGAGGAAUAGUAUGCAAAAAUAACUCCGCAGUUUACUGUACAGUGUAGUGCAGUAGUAUUAUACAGAAAUAGCCUUAAAAUAAUGUGAAGGGUAAGGUAAAGAAUGCUAAUGCAAAAAUACAAAGUCAUCCACACUUGUGUAAAUAUACAGGCAAGGUAAGAUGAAAGGUUUAUAAAUGAAAUAUGGCAUUAUUACCUCCACCAGCAGGUAUGGUUAUGUUUUUGGUAGCGUUGGUUUGUUUGUUUGUCUGUUAGCAACUUUACGGAGAAAGUUACAGACGGAUUGACCUGAAAUUUUCACCAGAGGUGCGUCUCAGCCCCAGGAGGAUCCCAUUAAAUUUUGGUGGUGAUCCGAAUCGCCCUCUGGAUCCAGGAAUUUUUUGAAGGAUUCUUUAUCAUUGUGAGAUAGGGCAAAUUUUGGAAUUUUUGCAUUGAACUCUAUAAAAAUGGCCAGAGUCUUUAGUAAAAAACUACACAAAAAGGAUCUCAAUGAGUUUUAUGAGGUGUCAAAGGUUGAUCCUGAUCCAGACAAAAUUCCGGAUACUGUGAUCCAGAACACACAAAAAUAAGGGUGUCGUCGGAAUUUUCAAUGCUGAAAGAUAACCAAUGAAGAUACAAGGAAGCGUACGCUUACAAAUAUUGCAUAAUAAAUCAUGCAUUUAUGAAUGUAAUAUGAGCUUUGUUGUUUUAAGAACAUUAUGAACAGUGAACAUACCAGUUUAAAGACAAAUAAAAGUACAUAAAGACAAUCAGUCGGUUCCUCGCUAAGUACUUUGUUCUGUUUUGGCACUUUUGUUCAAAACCAAAAGCAGAGCCCAGUACAGUUUAGAGUGAAGGUUUAAAGUGAGGUAAGUAAUCAAUACAAAAAUCCUGUGCUAACAGUAAUACUGUGCUUUUCUAUGUUGGUCAAAGAUGGUUAUUGUUAUGGGGCAAGGAAAUACACCGUUACCUCAGGGAAAGUUCAAAGCUGCAGUGAGGAUGAACUGAUGAUCUGAAUGCGAUGACAUUUGCUGCAGCUUGCUUCACAGGACUGCAGGACUUGUAGGAUCAUCAUUAGUAGGACUCUGCUGAGCUGCACCGGCUACACUGUGGAAAUAGUUCUGUCCAGAGCCACUUCACCAGGUCUGCAUGCAGCAAAGUUUCCUCACACAGAGAGGCUUUGGAUGGCUGCAUGAUGUCCACCUUUAAAGCGUUCAGCGGCCUGAGUGUCUGAGCUGUUCUUCCGCUCUUAACGUUCAAUUGGUUUGAAGAAGUAUGCGUAUACUAAGGCACCAAUAACUGUUUCAGAUGUUAGGUAGAUGUAUUUAUGACCUUUGAGAAAGAUUUUGUCUUGCCAGAAUCAACAUAGCAGUUUCAACAAGCAAAAACAGCAGCACCAUAUAAACGUUUUUUUGUGCUACUCACGUAUAUGUACAUUUCUGGCUGGUCUUUUGUCUCUUCCUGUAGAGAAAGCCACUUUGUAAUACUAGUUCUGUAAGUUUUCCAACGUGUCCUUGUAAAGUCGAGAACGUCUUCACUCUGGACAGAUGGUAGAUGCAUAUAGCAUUGUUUUGUUCCUUUUUUAAGCACUUUUGAAGGCUGUUUUCUUUUUUUCCUGUUCUUUUCUUCCUCUUCGCUUGUCUCGCAGCUAGAUGCGCUCGUCGCCAUGUUUGUGUAUUUCUGAUACUAUGGCAACGAGACUCGGCUCCUAUUGGUCCACGUGACAAAAAUCGCUUCACCCCUCUGCAUAUUCGAUUGCGCGUGUGCAAGUAUCACUACGCCACAGAAAGGAAAUAGUUCGACACCGAAACACUGAUUACUAAAAAUCGACAGGAUGGCAUGAGUAGAUUUUUUUUUUUUUAGCACUUACUAUAAUAUACCUAUUUUAUGAAUCACAGUUUAUGUUGCCCCACUGAAGUGGAACGAACCAACACGGUCUCGCUCAGCCAACACAGCCUAUAAAUCAAUCAUAGCAACAAGCUUCCAGAAACGUCACUGUUGACAGACAGCCAAUCCCGUGGCAGAUGGUGACAGCCAAUCCCGUAGCAGAUAGUGACGUUGGUGAGUUCAAACGAGAGCGCGAGAACAGCCCUUUUUUUGAGACGAGAAGGAGACCGGAGACCUGAAGGGAUAGAAGAAACGGACAAGACAGGAAAACGACAACAAAAGUAAGUAAAACCAUUGUUAUUUUUGGUAAAACAAUUGUUUAAUAAUCAAUAAUAAUUAUAAUACUGUUUAAAAUUACUCUACAUGUAUUAUUUGUUCAUAUACCUCCAGGGAGAGCAAGUUUCUAUCAUUCUAUGAGUGGCCUAGCUUAAAACAUUAACGGGAACAUAGACUUCACACAGUAGGCUACCAGUCAAAAGUUUGGACAAUGUCUCAUUCGAACAUUUUGUAUUACUCUUACAUGUUUUAAAUUGUAGAUGAAUAGUGAACAUCUUGAAACUAUUAAAUAAAACAAUAUAUAUAUGAGAGAGGAAGGGAGGUGGAGGGAGACGGCAGAAGCGGUGGAGAGCGGGAGAUGGGGGAGGAGAAGGCAGCAGAAGAGGUGGCUUUUUUGUCAGUCACAAAGAUGGAGGCCGAAAUGUUAAUUAGUGAAACAAAUGUGGAGAAAUACUUGAAGCUCUCUUAUUUAGUAUCAUAAUUUUUUUUUUUUUUCAAUAGUUUUAAAUUAGUUUACAGGUUGUUAUCUUACGAAGAGCAAGUUCGUAUCUUUCAGUCAUCAGUACUUAGUACCUGCGUGAAGCUGGUCCCCCACCCCACGCAAAAUGUCGGGAAAAUAGUGUACUUCGUUUAUGCUGGUUUGUGCCGUUAAAAUUUCCGUUUGUGCCGCUAUGGAUUUUAAGUUAUUAAAUACUGUUUUUUAGGUCACCCAGGCCCCCCCCCCCCCCCCAUUCGUUAGUGCUUCGUUUGUGCCGUUAAAAUUUUCGUUUUCAGACCUAUCUCCCACCCACCUCCCGUACUGUCAUUUCUCCCAGGAAUCCCCCGUAGUUUGGGGGCCCACGUUCAUUCAUAAAUCGGAUCACUAUAUUUGUCAUGUUUCUUGACAACUGAAGAUUGUCCUGUGUUUCUGCUGAGCCUCACAGACACUGGAAAGAUACUUUUUCUUUACAAUUUGGGAUGUCGGUUUAAACUGUAAACUUUAUUCAACCAGUUUUUGUUGCAAAAUUAACACGUCAAUGAGGGAAACAAACCUGAGAUAUAAUAUUUACGUUUAUAGUCUUUCACCGUCUCGGAGUGAUGCGUUCAGGGCAGCCUCAGACAAAAUAGUGCUGCAUUGCACGCACAGAUUUUCAGAGAGCCUCAUACAGGAGAGCAUGUAAAACGUGAGGACUUUAACACCAAUAUUUGGGGACUGAAUAAGUUCAAGGCAUAUCGUAGCUAUUAUUUUUUAUUACAAUUUGUUAUUGUUAAAACUAAACAAAAAGGUGUGCAGCUUCACUUACACUUAUUUGGAUGAGCAAUCUAAUAACACAUACUUACAGACAUUACAGGCAUCAGUAUUGCCGAGAAAUGCAUCCAACCUUAAAGUUUGAUUCUUUGUCAACAGCAGCACAAACGAAGCACUAACGAACGGCACCAUUUUGGGUCCAUUCGGAACAAAUGGGGGGCUGGGUGACCUCUAGGUGACCUAUAAAACUAUAUUUAACAACUUAAAAACCAUAGCAGCACAAACGAAAAUUUUAACGGCACAAACGAAGCACAAACAAAGCAGACUAUCCCGGAAUUUUGCGUGGGGUGGGGGGCCAGCUUCACGCAGGUGUACUUAGUGUGUAACACGAAUGGGGAACAUAGAGUUUAUACCAGUCAAAAGAUCGGACAACUUCUCAAUCAAGGGUGUUUUUAACAUUGCAGAUUAAUACUGAACAUUUUCAAACUUUUUUGUUCUAGAAUGGCACUGAGAAGGCUGCUGGAGUCUCGGCCAGAUCCUCAGGGCAAGCUGCCGCCCCUGCACAUCCUCUUCUUAAAGAUAGAAGACUCACCGAAAGUGGUCUCCUGGGACUUCAAGGAUGCCCAUGCUACCCCGACCUGCAUAAAAAAUAACAAGGUAGCUGUUAUCAGCGAUGGGGAAACAGUCACCAAAGUUCUUUUAUUUGAGGCCAUGGCAGGGAGAGUGGCAGUUGGAGAGUCCUAUUAUAUGAGGGGACACACUCUUUUCGGUAAGUGCCCCCCCUAUAAAAUUAACGUCGGUGCCGGGACUCAGUUUUUUCGUGGCGGCAAACUGAAGUGCCCUGAGGAUCUGGCAGCAAGAGCAGAGGCCCUGCUGCACCCGGCCUCACCAGUGACAACGAUCCGUCAGUGCCAGGAGCAGCAGGGCCUGAUGACGAUUAAGGGAGUGAUUGUAGAGGUCAGUAUUAACCUUUAUGGUGCAGCCAUGUAUCUGGGCAAUUUUUAACCCUUGAUUCCUGUUCAUUUUUAAGCUCCAUCUAGCCUACUGUGUCCCCAAAAUGGACAUGCAGAUAAGUGUUCAUAAAACAACCCUUUUUUUUUUUCUUUUUCUUUUUUUUUUUUUACAUUUUAAAACUUUUCUCAACUCAUAUUUCUUAAACAACUUCAGCCCUCACCAUUAAAACAAUAAUAAAUAAAACAAAAUCAAUGUUACACCCUUUUUAUGCCACUUAUUGUGCACCAUGUCACUGCUAUUUUUAAUGGUAAAACCACAGACUGUAUAUAAGAUGGACAGAGUCUGCCUCCUCGCUGGGUGAAGCCACUCCGAGAACAGCACCCUCUGAUGGUGGGCUGCAGUACAGGUCAUAAAUCCGGCCUCCGCCAGCAAAGCUUAUGGGACUGUGGACAAACUUUAGAAAUUUAUUACACAGAACAUAAAUUUUUCUCCCCCCUGCUUGUGAUGUUGACGUGUAGUUAUUGUAAGACUGGUUUGUGCCUAAGUCCUUUUUUUUCUUUACAGCUCCGUUUUUAAAAGUUAUUAGGGGCUUCAUGUUUUCUAUGAUUGACACCUGGUACAGCCUAUGGGCGUUCAGGGAUUGCGUAGCUCUUCCGGGGGGAUACGCUGUUUGAGCCGAGCGUCAUCACAGGGACUCUCGGCGACUGUGCGGCCGAAUGCGCGCAUCGCUACUGCGCAGCUCUGGUUUCAAGGAAGUGGAGAAAAACCCGGAAUUACCGAGAGCUUUUUGGCUUCAAAUCCGUAUACAGGCGGAAGGCGGAACCAGGGUGUCCAUCUUAUAUACAGUCUAUGGGUAAAACACACAAAAUUGCCAUAUUUACUAUAUGAAAUGACCUAGAUGGAUUUUUUUUUUUAAAUAAUUAGAGUCUGGGCCAUGUCAAUGAUCGGUAGUAAAAUCGAUUUAGGUGCAUUAAAUUUUUUUUGUAGUGACAGAGUAGUAGAGGAGCCAAUUUUAUAUAUAUAUAUAUAUAUAUAUAUAUAUAUAUAUAACUAAAUGAUGAAUUUUCUCCUGUUCAGCUUUCAGGAGUCAGGAAGGUGGAGGCUGGGAAGGGAGCCGGGAAGGAGGCUGUGCCUCUAAAAAAGAUCAUCCUGCAGGAGGUGUUUCUCACACUUGAAAGUAUAGUAGUGUGUCAAUAGACCAUACAAAGAUGCUGAAUUACAGUGCCUGAUCAGCCUGAUUUCUCAUACAUUAUUGUUUAUUUUAGCACCAUGCAUGUGCUCAGCCCCUCUGAUUUAAAUGAGACAAGAGCCAGUAGUAUUUGUAGUGUCACAUGCAUAGUGAAUUCAGACAGUAAGGUGUUCCCUUAUGUUUUACAGGAAAAGAGCACGAUCACCGUGUCCCUGUGGAGGGAGGCAGCGGUGGAGCCCCUUGCAAUUGGGGAAAUGGUACGAGUGACCCACGUCAGGGCCAGCAACACGGAGUAUGGGGUACAGGUGAACUCCACAAACUUCACCAAAAUUGAGGUAAUUUGCUGUUGUCACUGUUUUCAGUUUGACAUAAUUUUUUUUUAAAUAUAUAACUCUCAUUUGUCCUCUUCACAAUUGGUAGUUUACAGAAUCACCAUAAAGGUUUAAUAAUUGAAUUAAUGUAAAGACCUAGACACAUGGACAGAAUUGUUAACACCCUUAUGUUAAAGAAAGAAAACCCCACAUACAGUUGCAAGCUGACUUAAAUUUAACAAUGAACACCCAGACCUGAUUACUGCCAGACCUUAGGAAUCAAGAAAUCAGAACAAUAAUACCCUAAAUAUUAGUCAGUAUUGGGCCGUUAUUACAGAGAAAACAACAUAUGAUGUGACCAAAUGAUCUGAUUCCUUACUUGUGUUUACUUAUUUUGUCAACAGAAGCAGCUGAGUCAUCAGGAGCUGGAGGUGGCUGGUGUCCUCAAGGACGGUGAAGGGGCAGCGUCUUCUGGUUUUUUCCAGGUCCUGCUGGCAUGUGGAGAGACCUUGAUGAUAGACGAAGGCUUAUGGGACCCAUCUUUUGAUGCAGCUAUCCAAGAAGGGAUACUCAAACUUAGGGCAGAAUUGGAAGGGAAAAAGAUAAUUAAAGCAGCUAUGUAA